AUGUCGACAGGAACACGCUCGAAACGCGUAAUACGAUCCCACACCAAGUCCCGCAUGGGAUGUACACAUUGUAAGAAGCGGCGGGUGAAAUGUGAUGAAGCCCGCCCUACCUGCGGUAGCUGCGAACGACGCAAAACAGAAUGUGUAUACGAAUAUAAUAAACGAGAAAAUUCCGAUAUCAAAAGUGAUUGUGAUGCUCAGUCUUCGACAGUCACUCUACGACCUGAGGGGACUCAGCAAGUGAUGCGCAAACAACCGACCCCUCCACCGUUUUCUUAUUUGGACAUGACUUCGCUGAAGUUAUUCUACCACUGGACUCAUUUCACCUCUAAAACGUUCUCCCACACAGGCUUUGCCCAGCAUGCCCUCCCCCAAAUAGCAUUCUGCAAUCCAGGUCUAAUGCACGCAAUACUCGCCCUUUCAGCCCUCCACCUACAUCAGCUUCACGGUCCCCAAUCCCGUGAUGACGAGACCGACUACCUCAGCCUUGCCAUCUCGCACCGUAACCAUGUACCCCCGUUGCUCUCCCAAAUUACGGAUCCCGACGUCUCCGUCAUAACCCUCGCCAUCCUUCAAGUGUGCAACUACGCCGAUCCCAGUCCCAAUCCCAGCUCACGCGACAUUUUCUCUCUUGUUGGGUCCAUCUACGAAGCCGUCCAUGGAAAACGCCUUGAAAACCCUUCCAUAACGCCUUUCGUUGCAUGGAAAUCUAGUGGCUCCCAUCACGAUUCCGGGAUACGGAACCACAUCCGCGUAUCCUUCCCCACUUCCCUCCAUCGAAUCCACCUUCCCACCACCCCCUCUACCAUUUCUGACGGCACAAGUAUAUCCAUUGUCCCCUCUGACUUUGUCUGGCCAGACCCAGCAGAAGUCUCAGACCCUGUCACCUCCUCCACCUAUGCUCACGCCGCUCAAACCCUCAUGGAGUCGUGGUACCUGUUCCAACGACCCGGGUGUGAAAUGGCCGCUGCUUUUCUCUGGUCUGUUCGGUUCACCGAACAGUUUUAUAACUAUCUCGUGGUUGAAAAGAGACCACGAGCAUUGGUACUACUCUACUACUUUUGCUUUAUUCUCAGUUGGUUAUCUGACCCAGGGCAAGGGGACGUGCAAGAACAACAAUGCUGGUGGGCGAUUGGACAGACCAAGUUUGGUGAGUCGAUGGGGCAGGUGGCAUAUAUGUUGGAUGAGAGGUGGAGGAGAUGUAUCACGACGAUCGCAUCUUGA